UCCAAAUAAGAUGGCGGCCCCCACAGGUGAGGAACGCCGGUCCGUUCUACCGGGUGUGCAACACAUCCUGCUAGUCCUGUCCGGAAAAGGGGGCGUUGGGAAAAGUACUUUUGCAACGCAGCUCGCGCUCACACUUGUCCACAGUGGCAAAAAGGUAGGGCUUUUAGAUGUGGAUCUUUGUGGCCCAAGUAUUCCGAAAAUGCUCAACUUGGAAGGACGUGAUAUUCACCAAUGCAAUGAAGGGUGGGUGCCGGUUUAUGCAGACCAGAGCCAAAGGCUCGCAGUCAUGUCGAUAGGAUUUCUGCUAAAAAAUAAAGACGAUGCUGUCAUAUGGAGAGGACCCAAGAAACACGCCAUGAUUCGUCAGUUUUUGUCAGACGUCUAUUGGCAGGACUUGGACUACCUGGUCGUGGACACCCCACCUGGAACGUCGGACGAGCACAUGUCCACCGUCGAGGUUCUUCGGGGUCUGAGCCCUGACGGAGCUAUCUUAGUAACCACUCCUCAGGCCCUGUCUGUUGGCGACGUCCGUAGAGAGCUGACGUUCUGUCACAAAACUGGAAUUGCAGUCGUCGGUAUUGUCGAAAACAUGAGCGGAUUUUCCUGUCCACAUUGCUCCGAAUGUUCCAACAUCUUCUCAAAGGGCGGUGGAGAAGAACUGGCAAAGUAUGCCAAUGUGCCUUUCCUCGGUUGUGUUCCCAUUGAUCCCAACCUGGCACUCAGUCUGGAACAUGGUGAAAACUUCAUGGAAGUCCACAAGACAUCCUCCACUGCAGGCGUGUUGCGAGAUAUUGUUGAAAAGAUUGUAUCCCGUUAGAGUUAUGGCAUUAGUCAUUAGUAUAAAUAUGAUGUAAAUAACAUAUAUAAGUCAAGAAUAAAUGCCUCUAUAUUUGUUA